GCACCAUCGCUAACCUGGGAGAAGCUCCGCCGUUCGCAGAGAGAAACGCCGCUCGAGACCUCGGCGUGCUCUGGCCACCGCUCGCCGUUCAACCUAAACGGAGGAUCUCAGCAUCGGUAUCAAGGGCCGGCCACCGUGAAUGCCAGCUUCUUGGCGGUCACACCAUUCUCUUUUUUGAGGGCUGCGAAGAUUAAAACGAGAGAAAACCCUCCUCCUUCCUCUCUUUCUUCUCUGUUUCUAGGGUUUCGGAGGUCUUUUUUUCUCCUACUUCUCGAGUAUUUUCUUCCGAUUCGUCACUUCUUGAGCCAUUUCCGGGGUUUUUAAACGUUCUUUUAUUGAACGGCUAGAAAACGAGCUUUCGGGAAUGCCCGGGUGUGCGUGUUGAUAGGCGUUUUGAAAAACCAUUUUCUUGAUUUAUCUGCCUUGGAUUCGUCUGUUCUUGCGAGGUUUAUAGGGUCCGGGCGCGAUCUUUUUGUUGAAAGAAUAGAAGAUGCGCUAUCCGAAGGGUCCGGUGGUGUAGGUCAUAGACGUUACAAGGACCGGGUUUCGUCUGCUCUGCCUCGGAUUCGGCAUUUCUUGAGAGUUGCUAGGUUCCCAGGUGAUCCUUUGUUUUAAAAAAAAUGGAAAUGAGAUACCGGAAAGGCGCGGCGGUGUGGGUGGAAGACAAGCAAUGCGGCUGGGCGGAGGCGGAGGUGGUUGAUGUCAGAGACAAAUCCGUGGUGGUGACAACCUCUCAAGGAAAUAAGAUCACGACCUCUCCUGAGAAAUUGCCGCCCAGGGAUCCGGAGGCAGAUCUUGGAGGAGUGGAUGAUAUGACCAAAUUGACGUAUCUUAACGAGCCGGGAGUUCUUUAUAACCUCUCAAGGAGAUACGCUCUUAAUGAGAUAUAUACAUACACAGGAAGCAUUUUGAUUGCAGUUAAUCCGUUCACAAGGCUUCCUCAUCUUUAUGAUGGGCACAUGAUGGAGCAGUAUAAGGGUGUUCAAUUUGGGGAGUUAAGUCCACAUGUCUUUGCUGUAGCUGAUGCUUCAUACAGGGCCAUGACGAAGGACAACUGCAGCCAGUCUAUCUUGGUCAGUGGAGAAAGCGGGGCUGGAAAAACUGAAACAACAAAGCUCAUUAUGCAAUACCUAACAUAUGUUGGUGGUCGGGCUGUUGGUGAUGACCGAACAGUCGAGCAACAAGUCUUGGAAUCGAAUCCGCUUUUAGAGGCUUUUGGUAAUGCAAAAACAGUUAGAAAUAAUAAUUCCAGUCGUUUUGGGAAGUUUGUCGAAAUCCAGUUUGAUCGAAGUGGUAGAAUUUCUGGUGCUGCAAUUAGAACCUACCUUUUGGAAAGAUCUCGUGUUGUGCAGAUUACAGAUCCUGAAAGGAAUUACCACUGUUUCUAUCAGCUAUGUGCUUCUGGAAAGGAUGCAGAAAGGUACAAGCUUGCCCACCCAAGCAACUUUCAUUACUUGAAUCAGAGCAAAACAUGUGAGUUAGAUGGAGUAAGCAGUGCAGAAGAAUAUAUGAAGACACGGAGGGCAAUGGAUAUUGUUGGUAUUAGUCUUAUUAAUCAGGAAGCUAUAUUUCGCACCUUGGCUGCUAUCCUUCAUCUUGGAAAUGUUGAAUUUUCUCCUGGAAAAGAACCUGAUUCAUCUGUCAUAAAGGAUGCAAAGUCUAAUUUUCACCUUCAGAUGGCUGCUGAACUGUUUAUGUGUGAUCAGAGCCUUUUGCUUGUGACCUUGUCUUCACGUUCCAUACAAACUCGUGAAGGAAGUAUUGUUAAAGCACUUGACUGUGCUGCUGCUGCGGCUAGUCGUGAUGCUUUAGCUAAGACUGUAUAUGCUCGUUUAUUUGACUGGCUCGUUGAACAUAUUAAUAAGUCUGUUGGACAAGAUGUUGAUUCUAUGAUGCAGAUUGGAGUUUUGGACAUCUACGGCUUUGAAUGCUUUAAAAAGAACAGUUUUGAGCAGUUCUGCAUUAACUUUGCUAAUGAGAAACUUCAACAACAUUUCAAUGAGCAUGUAUUUAAGACGGAGCAGGAAGAAUACAAAAAUGAGAGAAUUAAUUGGAGCUACAUUGAAUUUGUAGAUAAUCAAGAUGUUUUGGAUUUGAUUGAAAAGAAGCCAAUUGGAAUAAUUGCACUCCUGGAUGAAGCUUGUAUGUUUCCAAAAUCAACACAUGCAACAUUUACAACCAAGCUGUUUCAAAGCUUCCGGACACAUCCGAGAUUGGGAAAGCCGAAGUUUUCUGAAACAGAUUUUACUUUAUCUCAUUAUGCUGGAAAGGUGAUAUAUCAAACAGAUUCCUUUUUGGAUAAAAAUCGAGACUAUGUUGUUAUAGAACACCGCAAUCUGUUAUCUUCUUCAAAAUGCUCUUUCAUUUCUGGGCUUUUCGCUUCAUUGCCAGAGGAAUCAUCAAGAUCUUCUUACAAGUUUUCUUCAGUUUCUUCUAGAUUUAAGCAACAACUCCAGGCUCUAAUGGAAACGCUCAACUCAACAGAACCUCAUUAUAUUCGGUGUAUAAAGCCUAAUUCUUUGAAUUCUCCUCAGAAUUUUGAAAAUCAGAGUGUCUUACAUCAGUUACGAUGUGGGGGUGUUCUUGAGGCAGUUAGGAUAAGUCUUGCCGGUUAUCCUACUCGGAAGACAUAUUCUGAAUUUGUAGAUCGUUUUGGAAUCCUAGUUCUAGAGUGUACGGACGGAAGAUUCGAUGAGAAGUCUGUUACAGAGAAAAUAAUAAAGAAGUUGAAACUUGAGAACUUCCAACUUGGCAGGACCAAGGUUUUCCUUCGGGCCGGUCAGAUUGCAGUUUUAGAUUCUCGGCGUGCUGAGGUUCUGGAUAAUGCUGCAAGGAUUAUUCAGGGGUAUUUACGAACAUUUAUUGCAAACAAGGAAUUUGUGAUAACUAGGAGGGCUGCGAUUACUCUCCAAGCAUAUUGGCGGGGCUGUUUGGCUCAAAGUAGAUAUGAAAGUUAAAAGACAAAUCAGUCUGCAGCUCUCACAAUUCAAAAAUAUAUACGAAGAUGGAUAUCACACGAUGCUUUCUUGUGCAUUGUUGUUAGCAGUUUAGUCAUUCAAUCUAGCAUUCGAGGUUAUGUCAUUCGCCAAAGUUUCAUGGCGAUGAAGGAGCAUAGGGCUGCCAUGCUGAUCCAGGCGCAAUGGAGGAUGCAAAAGAUCUCCUUGCUUUAUCGGCAGUAUCAACAUGCUGCAAUAUCCAUACAAAGUGCUUGGAGACAGAAGCUUGCAAAAAGAGAGCUUAGGAGGCUCAAAUUGGCUGCAAACGAAGCUGGUGCAUUGCGUAAAGCAAAAGACAAACUUGAGAAGAGUUUGGAAGAUCUUACAUUGCGACUGACAUUGGAAAAAAGAUUAAGAGUAGCUGCUGAAGAUUCAAAGGCAGCAGAAAUUUCAAAGCUUCAGAAAGCUUUGGAGUCAUUGAACGCUGAGUUGGAAGUGGCCAAAUUGGCCACUAUUAGUGAGCGCGAUAAAAGUUCCUCGCUUCAAAUUCAGUUGGAGUUGUCAAUGAAGGAUCAAGAAACUACAAGGAGUAGUCUUGUUGAAAUGGCAGAACUGAACAAGGAGAACUUCUUAUUGAAGAGUUCACUGGAAUCUCUGACAAAAAAGAACUUGGAAAUGGAGCAAGAGCUUCUGAAAGCUCGAGAAUGCAGUCAUGAUACUUUGGAUAAAUUGCAGGAUGUGGAAUCAAAAUAUUUGCAACUUCGUCAGAACGUGCAUAACUUGGAGGAGAAGCUUGCAAACUUAGAAGAUGAGAAUCACUUUCUGAGGCAAAAAGCAUUAAGCUUAUCUCCCAGGAAGAACCUAGUUGGGGUUCUAAAACCUUUUACUGAGAACUAUUCUGUGGCAUCCGUGCUUUCCAAUAUCAACCAGAAACCUGUAUUUGAAACUCCGCCACCUGCAAAUCUUUUUCCAUUUCCUCACAGCUUAAUGGACUCACGAAGAUCAAGGAUGACUGAGAGACAUGAGGAGUAUCACGAACUACUUCUGAGGUGCAUAAAGGAAGAUUUGGGGUUUAAGGAUGGUAAGCCAGUUGCAGCUUGUAUCAUAUAUAAAUGCUUAGUCCAUUGGCGAGUUUUUGAGGCUGAGAGGACAACAAUUUUCGACUACAUAAUUGAGGCAGUUAAUAAUGUUAUCAAGGUGGACAAUGAGAAUGAUGUCUUGCCGUAUUGGCUGUCCAAUGCUUCUGCACUUUUAUGCCUCCUGCAGAGAAAUCUACGAUCAAAUGGAUAUCUUACAACACCUAGAUGUUCUACUGGGUCUUUCGCGUUGAGUGGAAGGAUGACACAAGGUGUAAAGUCUCCUACAAAGCUUAUUGGGCUAGAAGAGAGCUGGUCACGUGUAGAUGCUCGAUAUCCAGCUAUGCUAUUUAAGCAGCAAUUGACGGCCUGCUUGGAGAAGAUAUUUGGAUUGAUUCGGGAUAAUUUAAAGAAAGAGAUAUCACCACUUCUAAGUCUUUGCAUUCAGGCACCUAAAUCUACUCGAGCAGCAAGCGGAAGGAGAUCUAAAUCACCUGAUGGUACUGUUCAGCAGCCAAUGAGCAGUCAUUGGGAUCGCAUCAUCAAAUUUUUGGAUUCUUUUAUGGACCGAUUGCAUAAAAACUAUGUACCUUGCUUUUUUAUCCGCAAGCUUGUUACCCAGGUUUUUUCUUUUAUCAAUAUCCAGCUUUUCAAUAGUCUGCUACUGCGACGUGAAUGUUGCACAUUUUCUAAUGGGGAGUAUGUAAAAUCUGGGCUUGCAGUGCUGGAAAAGUGGAUUUCUGAUUCUACAGAGGAGUUUGCAGGUACAUCAUGGCAUGAGCUAAACUAUAUCAGACAAGCCGUUGGGUUUUUGGUUGUACAUCAGAAGAGGAAAAAAUCUCUUGAGGAUAUCAGGAAAAAUCUUUGUCCGGCGUUGAGUGUAAGGCAAAUUUAUCGAAUAUGCACAAUGUAUUGGGAUGACAAAUAUAGUACACAAAGCGUCUCAAAUGAGGUUGUUGCAGCAAUGAGGGAUAUGGUGAACAAAGACUCUCAAAAUCUUAUUUCAAAUUCAUUUUUACUGGAUGAUGAUCUGAGCAUUCCAUUUUCAACUGAAGACAUAUCAAAGGCUAUUCCCAUGAUAGAUCCAACAGAUGUCGAACUCCCACCAUCCCUUCGACAAUUCCCAUCUGCUCAGUUCUUAAUCCAACCCCUUGAGCCACUACCUGCUUAGUUGAAAAACCAUGCUAUGAAAUCGAACUUCUAUUCAACAUGCUUCUGUGGGAGUAGGUUAUCAGAGAUCUGAAAGUUCAAGGACCAUAUAUGCUUGUGAACGGUGAAAGAGGUUUUGGCUUCAAUGCUAUUAAAAUUGAAGAUCAUCACAAGCACUGGCCUGCUAACCAUGCAAUUUUGACGAAAAAUGCUGCAUAAUCUAACAUAUAGAACUUAGGUAUUGUAACCACUUGUAACAUGAAAUCCACUCUUCUUCACUAAUCUAGCAAGUUUAGUUUGUUAAUGUUUUUAUCUAGCAAGCUCCAGAGUGCCGUGGAUCACUUUGCGGACUGCAUAGGGGAUGGUUAAAAUUGUUUUAUGACUUCUAUUGAUUCAUGUCACAGAGAUCUUGUAGUUGCUGAAAAUUUCUUUAUAUGAUAUAUGUUGCUGAUGA